AUCCUACCUAGCGCUGCUCCUGCAAUUCACGCUAAACAAAUCGGAACAUGGGGUGCUCACUUUCCAAGCGUACUAACAAACAGGCUGAGUCUUCCCCGUCCAAGCAACUCUACAAGCUUGUUCGCCCUGCAUUGUAUCCUGAUGCCUCUCAACGACCAUCUUUCUAUGCUGCCUAUGCGCGUGCUGCCAGACGAUAUGGCUUCGACGCUGGUCGGUUCUCAGGCUUUGCAAAGAGGAACAAUGUUGUCGUGAAAGUCAAGAGCGUCCACGACAAGGAGACGGACCAUGAAGUGCCGGCCGAGUCUAUACAGAAUGCCUUGAAUACGUUGUACAAGUGAAGAUUGGUACACCCGGCAUAACGCUUAAUCUUGACUUUGACACUGGGUCGUCUGACCUUUGGAUAUGGAGCUCCGAGAUGUCAAAUGCAAAGAAGUUCCCGGGUCAUCACAUAUACGAUCAUGCCAAGUCCUCUACUUCUAAGAAAGCGAAUGGAACAUGGAACAUCUCCUACGGUGAUGGCUCAUCCGCUUCAGGAGAUGUUUACACAGAUGUUGUUACUGUCGCGGAUAUCGCUAUUCCGAAUCAGGCUAUCGAAUUGGCUAAGAAACUGAGUCAGAGCUUCCUCCAGGAUGGUGGUAAUGACGGUUUGUUGGGUCUUGCGUGGGGAGAUAUCAACACCGUGCAGCCGAAGAGAGUGCAGACUCCCGUAGAGAAUAUGAUCUCUAAGAAGCUGAUUGACCAGCAUUUGUUCACGGUCAAGCUGGGAAGAGGAGAUGAAGCCGGAUUCUACUCUUUCGGAUUCAUUGACACGACUGUGACCUCCGACCCCAUCAAAUACACUGAUGUCGAUAAUUCCCAAGGAUUCUGGCAAGUCGCUUCAACGUCCUACACACUGAACGGAAAGUCACACUCUCGUGCUCGCAACACCACUAUUCUCGAUACUGGAACAACACUCUGUCUUGUUGCUGAUGAUGUCGUCGAGGCUAUCUAUGAAUCCAUUGAAGGCGCGAUAUACGAUAACAGUCAGGGUGGUUGGAAGUAUCCAACGAACGCGAAGACUCCAGAAGUUGCAUUCGCAAUUGGCGACACGCUCUACAAGGUUAACGCAGCGGACUUCGGUUACGGUCCUGCUGAUGAGGGCUUCACUUUCGGAGGUAUCCAGAGCCGGGGGGACCUAGAUUUUGACAUUUUCGGUGACGUAUUCCUCAAGAGCGUGUAUGUCGUUUUCAACCAGGGAGAAAAGAAAGUUGGACUAGCCCAGCGGGAUGAUUGAGUUGCUUGAAUCCCUGUUUCAUGAUUUCCUACGCCAUGUACCUAUACCAAAUUCGGACCUCGUUAUCACAUUGCCCAACAAGCUUUUAAUAGUGCAAAUAAGAAAGAACAACAUUGUCCUG